ACCAAUCAACUUGCAUGUAGUAAUCAGGGUCUCGUUGACUUUGCUAUUGUCAUUUACAUUUUAGUAAGGAAACAUUGUUUAAAAAAUUUAAAACAUUAAAUUGCAGAUCUAUUUAAAAAUUACAUAGUGUAAGCGUAUCUAUAAAUAUCGUUUUAAAUUUUAUUGCUUAUUUUUCAACACCAUGAAUCGUAAUCCGGGCGAAAGAGAGGAAAACCGUGGGGACGGUUGGGGUAAUUGGUUCAAGUAUGGCGCGACAGCGUUGGGCGCUGGAAUAGUAGCUGGCGGCAUUUACAUGGCAGUGACAUCUAGCAAAAAACAGGGAGACACGGAUACAGACGAAAGUAGCCAGGUUAAGAACGAAAGUAACCAGGUUAAGAACGAAAGUAGCCAGGUUAAGAACGAAAGUACUCUGUUACCUCGCGGCCUCAUGGACAUCAUACAAGGCAUAACUAAUAUGAACCAAAACGAGGAAACUGUCUCUGCGAACUCUAUACCCAGGAUACCGUGUAUCACCAAUCUAAACUCUUUACUGGCUGACAUAUACGUACGAUACAUCGCUAUAAAACGGGAAGACUUUGAUUUGCAUUUCAAAGUGUUCUCAGAAGUUUUUAAAAUAUUGCACGGCAAUAUGAAAGCUGUCGACAAAUAUUACGAGCGCUACGCUAGCAAUAUCCAUUUUGCCGGAAGUCAUUAUGAUAAUCUUCGUAUUAAGAAACCCGAUGAGUUCGAUAUGGAUAUAGUGAUCGGCUUGCCCGUCAACCUCCACGUGAACGGAGUCAACCCUGAGGAUAGCGACAUCGUAAUCGAGCAAAGAUUUCCAGCGUAUGUCCAGCUGAGGGCUGGAACUCAGUAUCAGAAUAUAAUUAUAAGAGACGGAGCAGACGCCGUCAUCAACAGAGCGGCCCACAGUUGGCUGGAUGAUAGGAAAUACAUCCUUCGUUCUAAAUUCACGGACUGGUUCAAGAGUGUCGGGAAUAGGGCGCUCAACUUGCUCCCGCGGCACGACAAUAGACCAAGUGUUGUGGUAGAUGGACGGAUAUACACAGUGCGGACGUCGACUUCGGGCCCGGCGUGGACCAUCAUCAUGGAGGCGUCGGGGUUCCGGCUAGACGUGGACCUGGUGCCAGCCUUCAAGCUUCCGGAGGCGCGCUGGCCAGUCGGCAAACAGUACCGAGACAUCCCUCUGGCCUGUCGUCGUGACUACUGGCUCGUGGUACCCAAACCCAACAAGACUGGUGACUGUCCUAACGACGAGCAUCGAUCAUGGAGACUCGCACUACACGACCAGGAGAAGCAGCUCCUGCAUAACACAUACAACCUGAGGAAUACUAUCCGACUGAUUAAGAAAUUCAGGGAUGAGCAAGGCAUGAAAAAGAUUGCCAGUUAUUAUAUAAAGACACUUUUCUUCUGGGAAAUACUUCAAACAGACACAGAUUUCUGGAAAAAAAAUGAUGUUGCAACCCUUUUUAAGCACAUGCUUCUAAAGUUUAAAAUGGCUCUGGACAAUGGAGAGAUAAAGUAUUUUUGGAACGGAAACUAUAAUUUAAUUGGACACAUACAUAACAACAUUCUUAAAGAUUAUUCUGUAAAAGUAUCAAACCUGUUGGGGGUUAUGAAAAGUGACUACAAGAGUGUUGCUAAGUAUCUCCUAAGUAAUUCCGAGUACAAUGAAUACAAACACUUUCUAUGAAAAUGUAUUACAUGUUAAAUGUGUAUUGAUUAAAAGUGACUUAUUAAUUUUUAAAUAUGCUGCAGGAGCUAUAUAUUACUCCUUAAUAUUUACUUACAUGUUACAUGACUAGGUUAAAUAUAUUGGAAAAAUAAAUGAUUUU